AUGAAUAUACCAAUAGAAGACCGCGUAGAUGCAUGUCGCUUAGAAGAUGUAAGUGUUAGUUUAUUAUCAAGCUACUUUAUAGAUUUAGACGGAAUAGAAGAGUUAUGCGAAAAUAUGAAAGAUUUAUACAACAAAGAACAAAUAUCCACACUCGGUGAUGAAAAGUACUUACAAUUAAUGGAAAAAGAAGCUUAUUUAGUUGAAGAUUUAGCAAUAACAUCAAUGAGAUUCUUAAGAGAAUACAAAAAGAUUAUUAAUAUAAUGAAAAAUUGUUCUACAAACAAAAGAAAUCAAGACAUUAAUUAA